AACUAGAAAUAAAAAAACCAACCUGAUCAGUUAAUUUGAACAACUUACAAGAAAUGGCUAACCAAGAAAAAAAAGAUCAGAUCAGGAGAGAAGAUAUUAUCAAGAUAACGGAAUCAAUACUGGGAGACGAUUCAAGAACUGUUAUCGUUGGUGAAGCUGGUAUAGGGAAGACAUGGCUGGCAAAAAAAGUCAGCGAAAGGCCAGAGAUUUCUUCAUGUUACAAGGUCCUCUGGUUACAUCUGAACAAAAUGAUUCGAGACGAGAAGUCUCUUUACGAGAAUCUAGCUGCUCACUUAUCGUUGUUUUUCGAGUACGAAGAAGGCGAAAAAACUUUAACAAAAAAAGAAGAAGGCGAAAAUCAAAAUGAGCUCGAUGCUUCAUUGGAGAGCUUGAAGAAGAAGAUAUCAGAUGAGAUCAAGACGACGAAGAAAAAGAAUAUUCUGUUGAUUUUGGAUGAUGAAGGAAGCAAGACAACUGAAAAACAUGUAAUGGAAGACCUAAAGCUCAAACAGUUUCUUGAGCAACCCGAACACGCACCUCUAAAGACUCUAGUCACAAGAAGAGUUGAGACAAAGGAGAAAGAGCCAUCGACAACAACGAUCAAUGUCGGUCCGCUUACAGACAACGAGUCACGAGAGUUGCUUUCUAAUUCUCAGAAUUUACUUGAGUUACUUGAGUCACUUACCACCGUUGAAGACUGGCCGGCUUUGUUGCAGAGCCUUUACAAGAACGGAGAGAUCAAAGACCCUACUUUGAUGUCUUGCAUUGUAAGCAAGAGCCAGGGCUUACCAGCUGCAAUUGUUGUCUUAACCAAGUCUUUAGACAGCAUCAAGACGCUGUCUGCAAAACAGAGGAAGAUUUUCAAAGAACUGAUUUUAUCCUCCAAGUCACUAGACGCAGCAGCUGCUUCCAAGAACGCUAUAAAGCGCAGCCGUUACAAUCCCGUCUUGCGUUUAAGCUACGAGCUGUUGAAGCCUGAAGAGAUGGUCAAAAAAAGUCCGGUCAUUUCUUGCUUUUGGCAUGUCUUAGACUUCUACAACCACUGUGGAUGCGCUUACUACCGCGACCUAAUCGCUCACUGGAUGCUUGAAGGGUAUUUUGAUCCGGUUAAGUCGGUUGAGAAAGCUUACAAGGAAGGACAUUCCAUUUUGAUGGAGUUUAUGAACAGAGGGAUCUUGAAGAUACAAGAAGACAACAUGGUGGUUCCAGAGAUGUCUAUGAACAAUCUGUUAGAUCUUCAAGACUGUGGUUUCUUUGGGAGAUCUUGUCUUGGAUUCAACAGAGUUUACGGUGGAGACAAGACAAAAGGCCUAGGGAGAAUCAUCUUGAUCGACGAUAUGAUCCAGACGAUUCAAUCCAAGAAGAAAAAGAACAUCACUACACUUAUCGUUAGCGGAAACCGUUUACGCAGAGAGGCUCCUCGGAAAUUCUUUGAAAAACAAGAGAUGCAAGAUCUUGAAGUUGUUGUCCUCUUUGAGCCAACGUUUCAAGAUCUUGUUCAGUCUCUAUCUACGCUGAAGAAGCUUCGAGUACUCGUGAUCAGAGACUGCGAUCUAAUCAAAGACAUCAAUGAGCUCAAGUGUCUCAAAGACCUACAUGUUCUUGAAGUCUCUGGUGCAAGCUCUCUAGCUAAAAUCGAUGAUGAUUUCUUCAAGAACAUGGAACGGCUUCAAAGUCUUAACCUUUCGGGACUUUCAAUCGAAUCUUCUCCUUCCACAGUUGAGAAUCUAAGCAACCUCCGUUGCUUCAUCCUAAGAGACUGCCCUAAGCUACAAGAUCUGCCUAAUUUCAAUGUUGCAACAAACCUACUAGAAGUCAUCGACAUUAGCGGAGCUCGAGAUCUCAAAUCUUACUUCGAUAGAGUUAAAGAUUGGAAACAAUAUAAAGGCAAGAACAAGAACUUCGCUCAUCUUCAAAAGCUCGAACACUUGGACUUCUCAGGGACUCAAAUCAUUCGCUUACCGAUAUUUCAUCUCAAAGAUUUCAGCACAAUGCCAUCGUUGACACGGCUCUUGCUAAGAAACUGUACAGAGCUUAAGAGGCUACCACAGCUUAAGCCCUUGACCAAACUCCAGGUUCUUGAUGUCUCUGGUGCUAAGAAAUUAGUAGAGAUGCUUGAAGUUUGCUUAGAAGAGAAGGAAGAGCUUAGAAUCCUUAACAUUUCGGAGACAACUCUUCCUGAGCUAGCGGACACGAUCAAUGAAGUUGUCAAUCUCAAUCAGCUUCUGAUAAGAAACUGCUCAAUGAUCAAAGAGCUUCCUAACAUGGAGAAGCUAACACAACUUGAGGUUUUUGAUGUUUCUGGUUGCAAUCAGUUGGAGAAGAUCGAUGGAUCCUUUGAGAAGAUGUCUUUCCUCCACAAAGUGAAUAUUUCGGGAACGAAUCUCCGUGAGUUACCUAAUAAAAUCUCGGAGCUGUCUAACUUGAAAGAGCUCAUCAUAAGAAACUGUUCCAAGCUAGUGGCUCUUCCAAAUCUUGAGAAGCUAACACAUCUUGAGAUCUUCGAUGUUUCGGGAUGCAACGAGUUGGAGAAAAUCGAUGGAUCGUUCGAGAAUAUGUCUUACUUACGAGAGGUGAAUCUCUCUGGGACUAAACUCAAAACGUUUCCAGAGUUGCCAAAAGAUAAAAGCAUCCUCUGUUCUUCGAAACGCAUUGUUCUCGCGGAUUCGAGGUGUUUAAAGCUAGACGAGUGGAGCCAAAUAAAGGAGUGUUUGGCAGAGAGCUCUAGCUUCUCGAAUCAAGCGGAGAAAAAAAACGAGAAGCUUGUUCUUCAUGGAGAUAGAUACAGAGAUCUUGAUCAUGAAGUUCCCCUGGAUAUCGAUAUCGUUGAUACAAAAAGAUCAGUGGAGCUUGGAAAAGAGUAUAUGUCCAAAGCAGAGUAUGUCUCUGUUUCAGAGAAUGAAUCCGAAAGCGUAUCUUUGAUCUUCGACGAGUUUGAGAUGAGAUCGGUUAAGGGUUGUUGGGUAGAGAGGUGCAAGAAGAUGGAGAAUAUCUUCGAAUUACGUGAGAAACAAGACAAUGAGAUAUCAUUACCAUCUUCAUUACCAUUGGAGACUCUUUGGAUCUCAAAUCUUCCAUUGCUAAAAAAACUAGACAGUGGUAAUAGAAUAUUCGUCUUCAAGAACCUAAAAAAGCUAAGCAUAGAUUGUUGUCCAAGCAUCGAAUCUCUAUUCCCGGGAGAUUCUCAGCUUCUUGAUAACCUUGAGACUCUCCGCGUGACGUUUUGUGAUCAUCUGAAGAGAUUGUUUGAAGUAGAAGUAAGAGAAGUACCGAAUCUUCGAAAGCUCUACCUUCUUGAUUUGCCUGUUCUGUCGUCGGAUGGAGUUAAAUUUCCGAAGCUGGAGAAGUAUACAAAAGAGUUGUGUCCGAAUUUCAAAGCUACACUUGAGGAAUUGAAGCUAGGAACAAGGAAAACAGAGGAAAUAUCAAAUGAUCAGUCUCACAAGAAUAUUGGGCCUGAAAUUCAAACUCCUACUCAGCCCACAAAAACUACAGGCCCGAUUCAGCGACAACACAGAAGCUCCCCUUCGAUGAGUCUAUUCGGGCUGGGAAGAAAUCAAAAGACUUUCCGUCCUAAAAAGAGCGCACCAUCAGGAACUAAGGGAGCACAGCUUCGUAAGCAUAUAGAUGCAACUUUAGGUAGUGGGAAUCUUAGAGAAGCUGUAAAACUUCCUCCAGGAGAGGAUUUAAACGAAUGGCUUGCAGUCAACACUGUGGAUUUUUUUAAUCAGGUGAAUCUGUUAUUCGGCACACUUACCGAGUUCUGCACCCAGGAGAAUUGUUCUACAAUGACUGCUGGUCCAAAAUACGAAUACAGGUGGGCAGAUGGUGUACAGAUCAAGAAGCCUAUUGAGGUUUCAGCUCCAAAGUAUGUUGAAUACUUAAUGGAUUGGAUCGAGACACAACUUGAUGAUGAGUCCAUAUUUCCUCAAAGACUUGGUGCGGAUUUUCCUCCAAACUUCAAGGAAGUGGUGAAGACAAUCUUUAAAAGAUUGUUCCGAGUUUACGCACACAUUUACCACUCUCAUUUCCAGAAAACCGUUAGCCUCAAAGAGGAAGCUCAUCUCAACACUUGCUUCAAGCACUUCAUCCUCUUCACUCAUGAGUUUGUUCUCAUUGACAAGAAAGAACUUGCUCCUCUUCAAGACCUCAUAGAAUCUAUCAUUUCUCCUUACUAAAACCAAACAUCCAAAUUCUCUGUCCAAUACAAUCAGAUUUUUUUCCUUUUUCAGAAAUUCAUGGUAAUAAGCUUUAACCCCAAGUGUAAAAAAAUUAACAUUGUUGUUUCUGUUUGUAAAAAAGAAUGAGACACUGCUAAACC